CACUUGAACUCAUUUCCGGUAAGAGUUUACUUGUCUAUAUACAAAGCCUAGGCCUACGUAUGCCCACCCAUACUGCGGCCAGCCAACAACCAUGCAGUCAGCUGUGUUUCUAAUUCUGUGCCUCCCGGCCAUUCUAUGCCGGACAUUGCAAAGACACGUGUAUGUGUACAAUGGGUACGGUUCGGACGAGCUACACGUGUCGAGGAUGGUGGAUCACUUAAGGGCUCGCCUGCAUUCUUCAUAUGUUGUCGACACGAUCGGGGCAGACGACGUCAAAGCAGGUGCUUGGGCGAACGACGCAGCUCUGUUUAUGAUGCCGGGAGGGUUCGAUCUUGGAUACAAUCACUCUCUAGGUGACGAAGGCGCCACGGAGAUCAGGAAGUACGUCAAUGAUGGCGGGUCCUACCUUGGCCAGGGUGCGGGGUCCUACUUCGCCUGCGAUCGUAUUGAGUUUGAUAUAAACGGCCUGGAUCAGGUGGUCGGAGACCGUCCGCUCAAGUUCUAUCCAGGCGUGUGUACGGGACCAGUAUACUCUCCGUACAGUUACCAUGACUACAGUAGUGCCCGGGCUGCACCGAUCAACUUCCGGUUUAUUCCUUCAACCCCUGGUGUCGAUGUACAUGUAGAGUCCAUCAAUAUGAGGGCGUACUAUAAUGGCGGAAACACUUUUGACAUACCGAUGGCAGACGAAAACACAAGAUGUGUAACUCUGGGUUCUUUCAGUGAAAAGAACGACGAUCCCGCCAUCGUCAAGUGUAAUACCUACCAGGGUUUAGCGGUCUUAACUAGCGUCCAUCUUGAAUUUGGCGCUAGCCACCUCAACAGUAAUGAUGAGUACCUGGGGAAUGUGCAGCAAGAAUUGCGAGAACACGAGUCCUCCAGGCUUCGCGUGUUUGACUUCCUCCUUCGCAACCUCGGCCUGACCACCCGCCCUGAUGCGAUGGUUUCAAAUGUAUAGACAUGUAACUAACGCUGGCCUCCUCUGCUAUUACAAUGGUAGGAUAUUGUCUAAAUGUUUGUAUUCGUUACAAACAACUGACGCUGUACAUAGAAUGCUUGCUUGUCGGUACUUACUCUACAAGUCACCACUGUGUUUAACAAAGGAAAAGAAGCUAAAACACUUAAAACGGUUAAACGAUUAAACUUAAUUGGCUUCGUAUAUCACACAUUUAUAUAUUGAAAGAAAUAGCCAGUGUAAUUCUAAUAUAAAUUGAACUUAAUUGGCUUCGUAUAUCACACAUUUAUAUAUUGAAAGAAAUAGCCAGUGUAAUUCUAAUAUGAAUUUACUAGAAUAAAAUGAGGAGAUUGCAGCAUAACGCUUAACGAAACCGUUUAUGAAUAGAAGAGAAACCUAAUGCGACAUGUACCUGUAAGAACUGACAACAUAGGAGUGCGACUAACUGACAUUGAAGUGAACAAGAUUACCCUUAAUCAGUUUGUGUUUGAUCAUCACUACCUUUUACAUGUUGUCAUCUUGGUGUAGAAUAAAAUAAAACCUUUGCAUGAC